AAAGCAUUUUCUCCUCACUCCGUUUCACUUGGAGGAGUCUGGGGUCUUCUGCAUGUAUUGUCUCCAGACUCCUGUUCCAGCUGUGAAAACCUGCCUGCAGUGUGAGACCUCCCUGUGUGAGGACCACCUGAGUGCACACAACAGGUCCCUGGAUCAUGUUCUGAUUGAGCCAACGUCUUCCCUGGAGAACAGAAAAUGUCAGACUCACAAGAAACUUCUUGAGUACCAUUGCUGUGAGGAUGCUGCCUGUAUCUGUGUCUCCUGCUUUGUAACAGGACCACACAAAGGACACCAGGUGCAGUCACUGGAUGAGGUUGUCAGGGUGAAAAAACAAACCUUGAGAGAACAUCUGGAGAAACUGACCUCAAUGAGUGGAGAAGCAGAGAAAAGUGUCCAUUGUCUGCAGGACCACAGGAGAAAGGUGCAGGAGAAAGUGUCUGAUGCCACAGAGAGAGUUUCUAGCCUGUUUAUGGACCUCAGGAAGCAGCUGGGAGACCUGGAGACCAGAGUCCUGAGUGAGAUCUCCAGGCAGAAAGAAAAGAUCUCAUUAGGAAUCUCGGAUCUGAUCCACCAGCUGAAAACACAGAAGGAUGAGUUGUCUAGGAUGAUGGGUCACAUUGAGGAGCUGUGCAACAUGGAUGACCCAUUGACUGUCUUACAAGAUGAAGAAUCUGAGCUAAGUGGCUUUAAUAAUUCUGUGAAGGUUGAUCUUACAGCCACACAGGGUGGUGAUGAGAAGAACUAUGAUGAAGGCUUGGUCACCUUAAUUUUACACACAGCGUUAUCUGAGUUAUCCACUGCUGCAAAAAGAGGAUUCUGUGUGUCGGAGGCUACUGAUCUAUCACUGGAUAUAGAGACUGCUGCAAACAAGGUUAUUGUCUCAGGAGACCUGAAAUUUGCCUCCUGGUCCCAAACACCACAGGGUCGUGAGGAAAAGCCAGAGAGGUUUAUGUCUUAUUGUCAGGUCUUAAGUAAAACUGCUUUUUCCAAAGGGCAACAUUACUGGGAAGUGGAGGCCAGUAACUCUGCAUACUGGAUGGUCGGGGUGGCCUGUGCCAGUAUAGACCGCAAAGGGAUGAAAUCCAAAAUGGGUAGGAAUACCAAGUCCUGGUGUUUGAACAGAGCUGACAAAUGUCACUUAGUGAUACAUAAUUCCGUGUCCACUACGCUAUCUCCGGAGUCUCCCGUGUGCAGAUUAGGAAUCUACCUGGACUAUGAGGCCGGGCGUCUGUCCUUCUAUCAGCUGUGUGACCCCAUCAGACACUUACACACCUUCUCCGCCACCUUCACUGAGCCCCUGCAUGCUGCCUUUCUGGUAUGGCAGGACGGCUGGGUCAGGAUAAAAUGCUAGAUAC